GCGAGAAUUACAAACAUGGCUGCUCGAAGCAGAUAUUCUGAACUACCUGGCAUUGUAAGUAUCCCUCUUAACCUAACUGUUCUGUUAUUUUACCUUUUUUUUCUUUCCAACGUAAAUUUCACUCUUCCGUUAGAUUUUGGUUACAUUUUAUCCCUGUUUCACCCUUCUUUUAGGACAAUCAGCCAGAUGUCUACGAAACACCCGAUGUUAUGGAGAAAACUAACCAGGAGGGUGACCCUUCGGUAAAAUAUUUUGCUAUACAAAACUUUUAUGACUGAAGGAGAAUUGAAAAUGAUUUAUCAAUUCUCUGCAAUUCUUAAUGUUCAUUACAUGUACUUAAGCUUAAACAUCCUAAAAUAUUGCAUUUAAUAUAAAGCCCCUCUUUCAACUUAAAUUCAUUCUAGAAUAAUUUCCAUCAGUUUUUGUAUAUUUUGGCUCUAUCCUUUCAAUGCGCUGUUAUUUUAGGAAAGAAAAAAAAGUCCCUUCAGAUCUGGAAGGGGAAAAAGAAACGAGGAAAAGUGAAAAGUUAAAGUAAUUAUGGGGAAGCAUUACAAGACUUUGAAAACCAAUUGCUUAGUACAGGGUGACUGCUUAUUAAGGUGCCUUUUGAUACCGGUUGGACUGUAAAUACACUCAGAAGUCCUUAAUUUUUACUUCCCCUCUUAUUGUUUUUUAUAAUUAUUUAGAUGCAGAAUGGAGAUGAAAGUAUUCAUUUGUUAAAAAUUGAUGCUAAAGAAGCAUUUGAGAAAUUUAGUGGAAAAUAUUUAGACCCAGGGAAUACUGGUAAGUAAUAGUUUUAACUUGACUCCAGAACUUAAUGAAACAAACCAAAUUAGGUGUGUUUGAACAAUUGAUUAAUGGGCUGUACAGACUGUACAGAAAAUGAUAAGACACGAAACAAUAUUUUCAAACUAUAAUGGCCUUUGCAAUUUCGAUUUACUGACUAAGUAUGCAGUGUUGUGAAAAACUCACUGUUCUCUUGAGGUCACAGUACUUACAAGUCUCAAAUAACAACCAUAUUAUUAACAUAAAAAAAAAGUUUUUAACAUGCUUCCUGCAACAACAGUCAUAAAAGAGGAUCCACAUUUUCUUGAUCCUUUACACCCUAACAUCAGUAUAUAUUUUCUCCACACUGUUCUCUAUACAUUUCCUAUGGUACUGACAAGGAGAAUUUGUUUAACAAUCAAGAGCUUCUUGAGUUGGUGAUCAUUUCCUUCAUUCUCAUGACCUCAAUGUUUGUUUUUGGGGUGAUAUUGAUGGGAGAAAAUGGUUACUAAUCACUCUUAGGGGUUAAAGAGUUAACCUUUUGAACUGUAAGAGUGACUAGCAUCUAAUUUCACCUUAUGAUAUCACCCCCUGAAGGUCAUAAGUGUAAAGGAAAUAUCACAAACACAGGAAACUCUAGAUUGUUAGACAAAUUCUCCUUGUCAGCACCUAAGGAAUGUAUAGAGAACAGUAUGGAGAUAUGCAGACUGAUGUGAGAGUGGAAAUGGUUAAAUAAUGUUAUCAUUGACCUAAAUAUUAUUUAGCCCUCUUAGGAACCCAGCGUAUUUUGAAUUAAAUGCUAAUAAAUUGAUGUGAAGCUUAAUUUUUAUAUUAGGUAAUGGUAAAUGGUUUGUAUCCAGGAGUAACAGUUGAUAUUGUGGUCUUAUUGAAAAAACGGAUUUUUGUCUGGAUUUAUGACUGAUAUUUUACCAGCACUGGCAGUAAUAUCACAUUCUGAUUGGCCAAUUUUCUGUUGUCGAUAGGAGUACAGACAACAUUGCUCAUGGGAAUGUAUCACGCAAUGUUCAUGCACUGCAUGAGCUCACAACAUUUUGACCACUGUGAUGACAAAUGUAGUUGUCAAUAAGAGUAGAGACCAUGCUAAACCACUGUUGAUUUGCUGAUUUUAACCUUAGCAGAAGUCAUCAUUAUAGUCAACACUGAUACACAAACAUGAUACAUGAUAUGUGUAGAGCAGAUUAAACAUGGAAGAUUAUAUGUCAUUUGAAUAUAUUUGGAACAAAAACUUUAAUUUGUAAUUUUUUUUUUUGCUUUUUUUCCAGAUUUUUCAGGAAGGUGUGGUCCUGAACAGAUGAAAGGCUAUGUUACAAAAACUGAAUAUGAAAUGCUAGGAGAAGGAGCAGCUAAAGAGACACCUCAGAAUAAAUUUAAUCGUCUUCAGCAUGAGAUCCGAGAGCUGGCAGAAGAACUAGAGCAAAUUAAGGUGAGCUUGUGUUUAUGGCAAUAUCAUAUUGUGUUUCCAUAAACUUUCAGUUAUGUACAGGCAACAUUGAAUGGGGGGAAGGAAGGUCUUGUUUAUGAUUUAAAAAGUGUGGUAGAUACAGGAAUGACAGGAAUGUUAUUCUACACAUAAAAAGAACUCUUCAAACAUGAUGUGUCAACUAACUUUGAAGCUGAUUCAAGGAGAGCAGAUGUAACAUAGGUGGAUAAGGUUUGUACGAAGUGAUUUGUACCCAUUCAGCCAAAGGUUAUCAUGGUGUCUGUAGCAUGAAGCCACUGGGAGUAUCACUACCCCCUCCCUCCCCACCCCCCCAGCUGAGAUGCCAGUCCAUUGCAAGGUUACCCCUAGCGUUUUCACCUCCCUGUCUUACUUAAAAUUUUUGCUUAAAGGAGGGGUGCUUACUGGAAUGAGUGUGCUUUCUCAAUGGGGGCACUUAUUAAGAAACAACCUUAACCUGUGCUGAACUUAAAGAGUAGUAAUUGAAGUAUCAAUAGACACAGGUUUUCCUAGUAUCACCAAUAUUAACCCUUUAACCCAUAAGAGUGACUAGCAUCUAAUUUCUCCUUACAAUAUCACCCCUGAAUCAUGCAGUAACACCAUGAGAAUUAAGAAAAUAAUCAGCAGCCAAAAAAGCUGUUGAUUGUUACACAAAUUCACCUUGUCAGCACCUUAGGAAAUGUAUAAAGAACAGUAUGGAGAAUACCUAUACUGAUGUUAGGGUGUAAAGGGUUAAAGAGGUGGAAGAGGAGGAAGGUGCCCAUUUGAGGGGAGCCCUUGUUUGAUAUGUUGGCCAAGGGGUGGGUACUUAAUCAGUGGAGUAGGAACUCUACCUUUAGUUCCAAGAUUUAUACUUGAUCAUAAUGCACUAAACCACUUACUUCUCUGAUUGUUUUAGGGCACUGUUCAGGAUGAAAAAGAGGAGAACAAGCUUUCACCAGUUGUUCUGGCACAAGAGGUAAGCAUUUUGGCUUAAACCCUGUCACUUGCAGUAGUGACCUAAGAGGUUUUUAUCUUUAUGGCAUCAAUAGAAGUAAAACAAUCAACUAGGAAAUUUUUUUCAUAAAAUCAAAAUUAUCUGAGCUAAAAUUAUGAAAAAUGCAUGAAAAACAGUGAGGAGUAUUGGUGGUUAGAUCUUGGCUGUGAAAGGGCUAGAGGCUGUUUUAUUCACCAUCAUAAACAAUUUUAUGUAAUUUUGGGAUGAAGCUGUUGCUGUAGCCAUGUUUACUUGACUGACCCUUUACCCCCUAUGAGUGAUUAGCAUCUAAUUUCUCAUUAUAUCAUUACCCCUGAGUCAAACAUUAAGGUCAUGAGAAUGAAGGAAAUGAUCACCAACUAAAGAAGCUCUUGAUUGUUAAACAAAUUCUCCUUGUCAGCAUGAAAGAAUUGUAUAGAGAACAGUAUGGAGAAUGUGCAUACUGAUGUUAGGAUGUAAAGGAUUGAGAAAUAUGCUUUAAAAUAAAUGGUAAGAGUUUUACCAUAUAUGUUAACAUUUUUUAGGAACAUGCAGAAAAAUGAAGUUUUGUUACAACUCUGGGUUGCUAAUUUUAAUUCUUUGUAUUUAUCUUUUACCAUGUUAGGUGCAAACCCUUCAAAAACAGGUGGGAUAAUUUCUAUAUGUUCUCCAUAUUUGUUCCAGGCUUUUGUAAAGCUGUGACAAAAUAUGUUUUGAAAAAAAAAUUGCUUAUGUUGAAUAAAACAACAAAUUUCUUACUUUCACUUCCAUGAUACCCUGAAGUGAUAGUCAGAGUUUCCUGUGGGAUGUUAGUUCUGUGGCUUAAUUCAUUUUCUUUGUGGACUGUUUUUGAGACUAGUGUGGUCUUUCCUUUGACUCUUUUUUUUUUUUGCAAUUAUGACAAUGAACAAAAGGCAAUGAAGAUUAAAAUCAAACAGGUUUGAAAAUUUUAAUUACAAAAAAAUAUGAAUCAUGAGUUCCUUUGUAAAGGAAAUGUGUUCAGUGCUAUACACUGUCAGACUGCAUAGAGAUGAAAACUAAAUUUAGUAAUAGGACGAUUUUCAGUUGUGGAAAUUCUGAUACUGAGGACAAGUUAUUGGUAACCCUUUGACCCCUUAGAGUGAUUAGUAUUUAAUUUCUCCUGAGAAUAUCACCCCCAAAUGAAACAUGAAGGUCAUGAGAAUAAAAGAAAUGAUCAACAAUUUAAGAAGCUGUAGAUUGUUGAACAAUUCUCCUUGUCAGCACCUUAGGAAAUGUAUAGAGAACAGUAUGGAGAAUAUGCAUAUUGAUGGUAGAGUGUAAAGGGUAAACCAUCUUACUGGAAGUCUGUUCCAUGCAUUUAUGCAUAAACUUAUCGUUUGCCAUUGAUCUGUUUUAGCUUGAAGAUUUACAUUUGGUGAAUGUCCUUGGGAAGGAGGUAUGUUGGUCUUUGUCUUUUGCUGAAAUAUAAUAAACCAUAGUAAAAUUUUGGGUGGAGGAUCCUUUUACAGUGUUGUGUAUAAAAACUCAUAAGAGACAUGUCAGUGUUCACAGAAUCAAAAAUUCAUAAACCAAAUUGUUACUUCAAAAAACAGAAUAAAAGCUGGCAAAUGGAGAGAUUUAAACUUGGUGGGCUGGUGUGUGAAGAGGCCUGUUUUGCUUUUGUUAGAAGGAAACAACAGUGUCUUGAAAUUUGGCUAGGUCACAGGAGAUCUGUCAAUAACAAAGGUGUUAUUGGCAAAAGUAAGGCUAAUUCAAGAUGUGUACAAAUACUGUAAUGAUUUUGAUUUAGCGUCCUCAAUCCGAUUAGCAGCCCUCUCAAAUAGGUACCCUCCCUCCCCCUGGAAUUUGUUUUAUUGUUAAGUGCCCCAAUUCUGUUUUAGUGAUAGCACUGCUAAAGUAGAUUCCCUAACAUUAUGUUGCAAAUAUUUGAUGUAUAUAUGUUUCCCUUUCAGUUUCUGCUAUUGUUCCCUUUAAAAUAAACAUCAAAUUUUUGUUCUGCACAUCCCCCUGUUUCUUGAAAAAGAAAUAAUUGCCCUGUCCCUUAUAAGCGUCCUCCCUAGAGGCACCAUAAGUAAAUAAGCAACUCUGGUGCUAAAUUGAAUCCUUAAGAUACAUGGCAAAUAUUCCACACCCCUGAAAUUAAAAUUGUGCCAGGUAUAUGUUAUGAUCCACGCUGCUAACUAGGGCCAGCUUGCCAAUUUGUUUCUUAUCCAACUGACUAAUUCCUUCUGUUGGAAAAAACUUUCAGAUCCAAUGCUCUCUUUACUUCUUGUUGCAGGCUUUGACUGUGGCUUCGACACCUCAAGCUGGGUUGUCACAGUAAGUCAAGUUGAUAUGUUAAACUUCAUGAUAAAUGUUAGGCAAAACUUCAUGCAGGUGUUCUUAGAGGAAAACAUAGUCACCUGCACAUAAUGCUUCAUUAGGUGGCAAGCAAGGGUCUCAAGCCCAACACCUUACUCCUCUGGACUUUCUCCCUGUUUAUAGAACAUGAAGUAACAAGGGGCACUGCCACUUCCCCUGGAAGGGAUGCUAUUCUUUCACAGCUUACUCCCCUACCCUCUCCCUCUCCCAGUGCUACUGAAUUUUUUCAUUUUCCGCCACUUGCCACUACCCAUUUUUACCAUGUCAAGGCAUCAGAGCACGCAAAAUGUGCCAUGGUUGAAAACCAUAAGCCAAAGUACUAGAAAAUGAAAUCAUAAUCUCUGUAGUAUAAUAAAUCCCUUAUUCUGUCAUUUAACAUAUAAUAUGAAUGGGUAUUUUGUGCAUUGCUUAUACUUCUUCUUGUUCCCAUGAGGCAUGGAAAAUAUGAUGCAACUCACAAAAUAUCCAGUGCAGACAUAUUAUAUGUUUAACCAUCAAAUUAGGUGUAUAUUCCCCUGAAAGGUGAGAGGUACUCUGAAAGUAAAAAUGUCUUGUCCAAGAACACAACACAAUGGCCAAACCAAAGCUCAACAGCUAAGAAGCUUAUGACUGCGAGAUGGACACUAAAAUAAAUUUUCAGAUCAAAGACGAAAUUAGAUAUGUUUGAAUUACGAUCCUGUGUUGUUGAGCUCUUGUGGUCAAUUAUUUAUUGUUCUUCUGUUUAUAUCUAGACGCCUACAGACUCAACUUGAAGCAUUUAAAACAGCUGAGGCAGCAAGUGGGAAGCAAACUAAGGUGUUUGUUGUUUUGUUUUCUCUUUUUGAAUUUUUUUUUGUAUCAGAGGGCAAUUUGAAAAGGGAAAUUUAAGUUUGAAGUGCUGUCUCAAAAUUGACAUGUUUGAAAAAUUGAAUAGGGUAUUUUCAAGAGGCACAAAGCAUGAUGUGAAUUGCUUAAUAUGAUAAAAGUGUCUAUGAUGAACAUCUGGGAUUCUUUCUUUGUCGUACUGAAAUCAGCCAGUGAGGCAUGUUGCUUUGCAACACACCCCUCAAAAGUGUUUGUGGGCGUGCUCCCCUGAAAAAAUUGGAAAAUUGAAACUCUGUGAGAUCAACAUUCUGGGACAUAAUUGACUAACUUUUUUUUAGCCAGAAAUUGAUGUUGCAAUCAGUUAAAAGUAGCCAGCUGCUGGCAAAGAAUGUUUCCUACCUUGUUGUGUUGGCUGGCCACUCUCAGCUUUGUACAUCAGUUUUGGAGAAAUCAAAGUCAAAUCUUGAAAUUAAAUCUCCUUUAAUUAAGCAGCUGAUCAAAUUUGUUCUAGUCAUUUACCAGUACUAUAAAUCCAUGAAAUUCCAUUUCUAUUUUCUUUAAGGUUUGACGGAAAAGAAACCUUGAAAAAAGCAUUUUUAGAGCAUCUGUAUGUUAAAUUCAAACAUCCAGAACCCUGUCAAGCCUUUUUACACUUAACACGGCAUCUGGGAUUGUGGUUCACAUGACCAAUGCAGCCAUUCACUUCAAAAACUUUUGGAAAACCCUGUAAAUUAUCAGUACUUUUUUUUAAUAACUGUGACAAUUUUUCCCCUUUUUCUAUCAGCAGAGUGAUGAUGGAUGUGUCACAUAUGAGUUGUUUUACAAACCAGAACAUGCAAAGUUUAAUCAACUUUCACAGGUAAGUUUUGUUUGCUUGUUGGGUUAUUUUUGAGGGGCUGUUAUAAGGGCUUGACACCCUUGUGUCUUUGGCCUUCGCUGUUCUUUAAGGUUUUAUUAAAUGCUUUGUGGUGGAAAGUUGAUUGUAAAGAUAUGCAAACUUUGUCUUUCUCACAAUAGUCAUAUUAGAAAUUUUAAACACUGCGAGGUAUCUGUAGUAGUACCAGUUUUUCAUGCAGCAUUGUUGAACUAACCUUAAAACUCCUAAGAGUGAUUGGCAGCUAAUUUCUCUGAACAGUAUCACCACUGGAUCAAAUACUGUGGUCAUGAGAAUGGAGGAAAUCACCUUUUUAUUAAGAAGCUCCUAAUAAUUAACAUAUCCUUUUCAGUGCCCAAGGAAAUGUAUAGAUAACAGUAUGAGUAAUAUAUGUACUGAUGUUGGAGUUUAAAUAGUUAAGGCUUUUAACAAUUCUCUAGGUGUCAUCUCAGUUUAUAGUGACAAUUUUCUUUGCUCAAUUUUAAAAUUUUUUUCCAAUUGAGAUGUUUCUUGUGAAAUGCAGAUAUACAUGAUUCCCAUGGCAUUGUUAAAAAAAAAAAAGAAAGCAAACAGGAAUCAUUGAAAUAUGAAUUAUGUUCUUAUUUAUAACGUGAAUAAUUUUAUAACAUAUUAAGUUAAAAGCAAAAAACUGGUUCAAGUUGAUUUAAAAUGAUUUACAAACAUCUUUUUCAUGCUAUUGUUCAACUGAUAAUUACACCUAAAAAUAGACUCGGAUUUUUAAUUAAUUCCUUUUUGGUUUUAUCCUUUCUUUCUGCAAUAUUGUUAUUGCUGAAGUAAAUACUGAAACAUGCCCAAUAUCAUGUUGUCAGCUAAUUGUAAUUUGGAUUUUAUUUUAAACAUUGAGUCAUUUCUUCCCUAGAUGAGCGAGUUAGAACAAAGGGUACAGAAAUUGGAGACAGUUCUGGGCAGUGAUCCAACUCAUUUGGUAAGUUCUGUAGUUUUGGAGAAAAAAAAACAUUCAACCCUUUACUCCUGAGAUUUGAUUGUUAAUUCUCCCCUCCAGAUGCUACACAUUUCCAUGUAGAUUAGUAAUAAGAAUUUGGUGUUAGAUCAAGAUAACAACUUCUACCUGAUAAGUUUGAGUAUUCUCAUUACCAAUUUGUUGGACAGUGUAUGGAUAUAUUAGGGAGAAGUUACAUGUUAACCACUUCUGGGAGUUAACUUUUGAUAAUUAUAAAGAACAACAACAAUCUUUAAUACCCUGCUCAUGUCAACUUUCAUUGUUACAAUUGACCUGAUCAGCAGAUAUUUAGUGCUAGCCUAGGCACUGAGUUAGUCUAUCAAAAUGAAUGCUUAAUGUUGUGAAAGAAUUAUUGCACACUUAAAUGUGCAGAAGUGAAUGUAUGAAAACAAGGGGAAGUGAGUUAACCAAUCUAUUACAAAAUAUGUGUACAUUGAUAUAAUUUUUAUUUUUAAUUUGUAAUUUUUGUCUUGAUUGAAUCCUCACCAAUGUUAUAAAUCUGUUGUUACUUUGCAGUCCUCCAUUACUGCUGAUCUUGAAAUUAAGGAUAAAAAUUUGUUGGUGAGUUUGAUAAAAAAUUUUCCCAUCUAAUGUUGAAAAUGGUGAGCAUCAUGUAUGACAAAACCCUUUAAGUUACAUAACCUUUUCAAUUUCAAAAGUGUUGCAUUGAAUAUGGAAUUGGAUGGUAUGUUUUAUGAUUAGUAAGUAUUGACUCAAAUUAGUAUAGUUGCUUUUGUUUCCCGUUUAUUCUGCUAAAAGGAGGUGGCAGUUCUGCUUCAUAUUUCCCACCCCACCCAGGCAAGGUUCACAUUCCCCCCCUGGGGAUGGACAACAGUCAAAUGCCUGUGAGUUGCCCAAGGGGAUGUUGAAGCUUUGGAUUCAUUGGGGCAUGAUACCCCCCCUCCAACGUAGCACAACAGUUUCUUUAGAAACUUAUCCCCUCCAUGACGGGCGGACUGAGUGAUUGAUUAAUUGAUCAAUUGCCCAAGUUGUUGAUUGGUUGAUUAGUUGCUUGAUUGAGUAAUUGAUGAAUGAUUGACAGGUUGACUGUAUGAUUGAUUGAAGACUAGUUGAUUGAUUGGUUUAAUUGAUCGAUUAGGGGAUAGAGUAAUUGAUUGAUUGAAUGGUUGAUUGAAUGGUUGAUUGAUUGAUUUCUUGCUUCAUUGAUUGGUUGUUAGUAAUAAAGUGUUUCUGUUAACAGUCUGCGGCAUCAGCUCUUGAGGCUAAAGUUGCUUUGUUGGAUGCAAAUCACAUUGAUCACGUUGAUGCACGAUUACAGGUGAGAAAAUUUUAACGUGAUCUUCUUUGACCUCACUGGCACCUCCACCCCCCCCAUGCUAAUCCAUUGCAAUCCCCUCCCCUUCCUUCCCCUGCAGUUUGUUGAGUUCUCUGAAAGUUUUUGGUGCCUAUUUCUACUCCUGGGUGGAAAGACACUGUGAGAGCAAGCUUUUUUGCCUAAAAAAACAAUGCAAUGUCUUGAGAAGAGGCCUAAGCCGGAUUGAUCGAUGCGAAGUCCAGGGUAGUCGUCACCAGUUACCAGGCACCAAGCACCAGGCACCACAUGAUGUCCCACGCAUGACUCAAUCUAUGACCUUUCACAUUUCGUCUCGAGGAAAAUCUCUUUGUUCUUAGUGUGCUCAAAAUUUAAAGUUGAUUUUGGCCAGAGACUUCGAUAAGUUUACAAACUUGUCGAAUUGAACGUGAUCUUUAUCAUCUUUGCUUUCCUUCUGCUCUAUGCUAUUUAAGGUAGUUGUGUUUUUCUAGGAAUUUCUUUAGCUUUCCUUUCCCUUUUCUUCACAGGGAAUAUUGCAUCAUGUCAAUGCUCUCUCAGAGAAAAAGCAGGAAGUUGAAAAUUCAGCUAAGCAGAGCAAGGUGAAAGAAAAAGUAUUUUUACCCUUUGACCCCAAAGGAUGAUUAGCAUCUAACUUAAUUCAAACUAUAUUCUCACUUCUGGUUUACUGUUUCUUAGGUGACCGAACUUUAUGAUCUUUUGAACAAGUGGGAUUCGUUCGUAGACGUUGUCCCGGAUCUGGUAGGUGCCGCUACUUAGGUAAUCAGGCUUUCUCGCGUGGUCAACAUUUCAACGGAAGUUGUAGGGAGUCAAAACUGCAAUUUACCCAGCACGGCACUGUUCUUCAUCUUAACCUGACUACGUUUUCAUUUGUCACUCAUUUUUCAUGUUUUGCUUUCUUAAACUUAUAGAUAACAAGACUACAAUCCUUGAAAGCUCUGCAUGAACAAGGUACGAACAAGAACUAGAAGAAAAACAAACCAUAUAUGAGUAGCUUGUUUACACUUACACCCCCCCUGAAAGUUGCACCAUUUUCCCUCUCCCUUCCCCCCUCAACAAAAGGCCCUUACACCAUUUUUUUGCAAAAACAUAGCAGUUUUAAAUGCUAAAAUCAUGGCUAACUUGUUAUUUAGAAGAUUUACAAGUUUAGAGCCGUUUUAUCACCCUUUUGGAAGGUAACUAUGUGCGAUAAAAACAGCACUUUACACAAGUUUCAACAUUCCUCAUAAAUUCAACUUCUCUGCUCUGUGCUUCACAGCAAGCCAGUUUGGUCAAUCGUUGUUGGAGCUGGAUUCGUCCCAGUCUGCUCUGAACAGCCAAAUGCGCGGCCAGGCAAAACUCCUUAGUGAGGUAAGUGUCUGUUAUUUCUAGUUGUUAUGUCUAUCUCUUCUUCAGUGUUUUGAAAUUACGGCUAUGGACGCCGCCAUUUUUAAAAAGAACUCGAUAACUUGGCCUCGCGCACCCAAAUGGUGGCAAUCAGAAUGCGAGGUUCACUAACAACUGCUUCUCCGGUUAUCGGGAAAAAAAAUAUGCUUUGAGUCAAGAAAACCUUUUUUUAUAACUCUCACUUGUUCAAACCGAUCGCCAAGAGAUGGGAAGAAGGGAAGAGAGAGUUUGGUAUGUCACAAGUAUGAGGCAAGGCUGCUAAGCAAGAUUAAAAGUGGCGCCGUCCUUUUUUAAUCUUUUUGCGAAUCUGAAGGUUCCUUUGUCAUAAUAUUCAUACAUCUUUUUAAUAGCGGACAUGACGAUUAGACGAUUUCUGGAGUUUACUUCUCCUUUAAUACAUUUUCCCCUUUUCUUUUCAAGCUGGAAGCCAGUUUCAACUCCAACGUAGCUACAAUUGAGGCGAACUGUGAACGAGUUGAAGCUCGCAUCAAUACUCUUCUCGAGAAAUUCGAAACGAAAGGACGGUGAUUAGCGAGAGGGAGAUAAAAUAGAUACUUAUCUAAUGAUUAACUUAUAAGAAAGCGGGCUGGUAUUCAUGGUAUAUGCUUCGAACAAUUUUCAGUUGAGUGUCGCAAGUUAUCUGGGAUUGUAUUGGUUUUGCUUUACUUCGCUCUGUGAUUGGCCCAGAAAAUUCGCGCCAUCUUCUCGACCAAUAGGAUUCAAAAAGCUUUGGGCAGUUUGGUUUGUUUUUACUUUGAGUUCUUAUUGGCUCUUAAGGAUAUUUCUCUUCCUUCUGAUUGGCUUUUGUGAUUACUUUGGUUUAAGUUUUACGACACUCGAUCGAAAAUCACUUUGCCUUUUACGGUGUUUUGGAAAGGCAAAAGGGUUUGGAAUUUUUUAGGGUUUUUUUGAAGGGUGAGUGCAAUUUGUAGUCUCAAAAAAAUUACAAGGGCUUCUUUAUUCCAAAUUACACAAGGAAUCAUGUGAUUACCUUAACGAUUGUUCUUCAUAAGUUGUUUCGUUACCAUCAGCUUGGUUGCCCACACAAAUUCCUAAACACCAGAAAAGGCUCGUUUGUAGGUUAUUAUUUAUUCGUUUAUUCUUUAAAUCUGACUUCCUUUGACCCUUUACACCCUAAUAUCAGUAUGCAUCUUCUCCAUAGUUUCUCUGUACAUUUCUUAAGGUUCUGAAAAGGAGAAUUCGUUUAACAAUCAAGAGCUUCUUUAGUUGUUGAUCAUUUCCCUCAUUCUCAUGACCUUAAUGUUUGAUUCAGGCGUGAUAUUGUAAAGAGAAAUUAGAUGCCAGUCUCACUUAGGGGUUAAAGGGUUAAGGAACAGUUGGGAAUAUAGUUAAAAUUAAGAGUAAGGCAAAUUAUUGAACGUUAAGUAUGAAAAUGUCUUGUAUCCUAUUGAACAUCGAAAUAGCUGAUAUUUUCGUUGUCUUAGGCAUGCAGCAUCAAUUGAUGCCCCUUAACUUUUUGACUGCUAUUCGUGAUCAAGACAGAAUUUCUACUUACAAUAUCAAUACGAUAUCAAGCAGGCAAGUGAUGAGAAUUAACAGAAUUGUUAACUAGAGGAUUGGUAGUUGAUCCAGUACUAAAUUCACUCAACUAGCAUCAUAUGAAUUGUAUGGUAGACAGUAAGGAGAAUUUCUUAAGAGAUCUUGGGAGUUAAAGGGUUACGCCGUUUAUUGAUGUGUAGGAAUCUACUCCAAAUUGAUUCUCAGCAAUAUCAAGCGGCGUAUGACUCUC